UUGUACACAAGCUGUCUUUGUUUUCUUCUCCAUAUCUCCAAACCAUGGACUCCCAUCCUUUCCACUCUCUUUUUUCUCCAUUUCCCACCUCCACCCACCCGUCUUUUCUCUCUUUCCGGCCGGCUACACUUGUUUUCCGGCAACCCCAACACUUUCUGGCUCUGUGAAUUCUCCUUCUUCACCUGGAAAAUCGAGGUUUCCCAUCAACGCCACUCAUUUUUUUUUUUUUUUACCCUUUCUUGUCUGUUUGAAUUUGAUUUACAAGUCAUACCAAGAAGAACCUUUCCUUAAUCUGGUGGGAAUUGAACUGCAGAGGCAAUGGGGCAUUUUUCAUCCAUGUUCAAUGGAUGGGCGAGGUCCUUUUCUAUAAAAAAAGCGAGCAGUUCAGGGAAUUGUGGUGGAAGAGAGGCUGUUGAAGUAAUGGCAAAGGAGGCGAAGAAGAAUGAUUUGAUACUGCACUCUUCCGGAUUUGUUAAUGUCAAUGGUUCAAACAAUUUCACUUCCCUUUACUCAAAGCGAGGAGAAAAGGGUGUGAAUCAGGAUUGCUUCAUUGUGUGGGAGGAAUUUGGAGGGCAAGAGGAUAUGCUCUUUUGUGGGGUUUUUGACGGUCACGGGCCAUGGGGUCAUUAUGUGGCAAAAAGGGUCAGAGAAUCAAUGCCAUCUUCUUUGUUGUGCAAUUGGCAGGAAACCCUUGCUGAAGCCUCACUUGACCCAGAUUUUGACUUGCAAGCAGAAAAAAAGCUUCACCGGUUUAAUAUAUGGAAGCAUUCCUACUUAAAAACUUGUGCUGCUAUUGAUCAAGAGCUUGAGCAUCAUCGUCGAAUCGAUUCCUUCAACAGUGGGACAACGGCACUUACCAUUGUUAGACAGGGGGAAAGCAUUUUUGUAGCAAAUGUCGGUGACUCACGCGCUGUAUUGGCUACCAUGUCUGAUGAUGGCAACUUGGAACCAGUUCAACUUACUAUUGAUUUCAAACCGAAUCUACCUCAGGAGGCUGAGCGGAUAAUUCAGUGCAAAGGGCGAGUGUUCUGUUUAGGCGAUGAGCCAGGAGUGCACAGGGUCUGGCUUCCCCAUGAGGAAUCACCAGGACUGGCUAUGUCUAGAGCCUUUGGGGAUUACUGUGUGAAGGAUUUUGGACUCAUUUCUGUGCCUGAAGUGACACACAGGAACAUAACCAGCAGAGACCAAUUUGUUGUGCUAGCAACUGAUGGGGUCUGGGAUGUUGUCUCAAAUCAAGAAGCAGUGCAAAUAGUAUCUUCAACACCCGACAGAGCGAAGUCAGCCAAGCGUCUAGUCAAGUGUGCAGCCCGUGCUUGGAAACGCAAGAGGCGGGGAAUUGCAGUGGAUGACAUCUCAGCUGUUUGUCUCUUCUUCCACCCUUGUCCCAUUCAGCAAGUUACUGUACCAAUAGAGUCAUGAGAACAUGCAAAAUGCUGAGGAAUUGUUCUGUAUUUUUCCACACACUGUAAUCUUAUUUCAAUUUAGUGGGUCUUAGUUAAAAGUUCCCUUCUUAUUCCAUUAUCCUGUUCCGUUUUGGUAGCUCUAAUAUGAAUUCAUUCUGCAUAUCCAGAAGAACAUU